CUUUAGCGGACCAAUAUGCAAGCGCGCGUAUGUGCAAAUGUCUACGUGCACCAUGCAUCGGGUACAGUCAACUGGAUCUCCGCCUGUGGUUAUUCUGAGUUAAGGGAUGAAUCAGUGAACGGCAGGUGUUUGAUCAGUAAGCGGCAAAAGUGGUGUUUUACCUGCAGACCUGUCCUGGAUUAAGAUGACACAUGUGAAGCGGUUUCAAGGAAUCCCCAUGUCAAAGUCCAUGAGGGGUCUGUGCAAAGAGGAAGACUAUGUAUUUCUGGGAAUGUCAGGAAAGAUGUCAAAAGAAGUGGUGGAAGCAGCCGGGGCUUUUGAGGAUGACGGCAGUAUGAAAAAGGAGGAGCGGGUCCACCGGCAACUGGAGCGAGAACGGCAGGAAAAAGAGAGACUCAGGGAAAUAGAGGAGAGAAAGAAGGAAAAAGAGCAGCAGUGGCAGACUCACGUAGCAGAAGUGACGUCCAGCCAGGAGAAGAUUCUGCUGGAGCGACUGUCGAGGCUCAGAAGAUUCCGAGAGUUUCAGAGGAAGGUGCUGGUGGAGGAGUCGGGGAUGGAGGGCGGAGCAGCCAACGACGCGGUUGACCAACUGCUCACCAGGAUGUAAAGACACCAUUAUGAGAGCGAGUGACACAUGAUGAUAAAUGUCCCUUUUGUUCACACUUCAACGCGACUCAAUCAUUGCUAUGUCAACUGAGACAUGAAUACAGUCAGUGAGCUGUGGUACUUACAGAAUGAGGAACAUCGUCUUGUGGUGGCUGCCGUUUCCUUUGAAUGCUGAAAAACAAAAUGGAGAUAUAAGCUCAUGAAGACUGUGCAGCAAGUACAGCAAACAUUGGAUAAAUUAAUCUGCACAGCCAAAGUGGCUUCCACAUGCUUCCUCACUUCCACUGCAGGGCCUUUGCUCAUACCUGACUACACACUACAAGAGCUAGUUGCAGCGACAAUUAAUAGACACAAAAUUGUGUUUGUUUAUUGUCAAACUCGGCAUUCAAGUUUGACUACAUGUUUAUUGGCUUUCUCGCUGGGAGUUAAAUGAGCAGAUCGAUACCAUUCUCAAAUGUGUGCAUUAGUUAUGAGCCUAUAGAGCCAGAAGGUCAUUAGCUGAGCGGAACAUAACAUCUUAAAGCAGGUCUCCAUUCAUCAUCUAUAUGACUUAGCCUUCGAGGAUCACACUGGAGCUGGAGCUAAUCCCAGCUGAGGCUGAGUGCAUCGUUGACAGGACUAGCGCACACUCAGCGGCCACUUCUUUCUUGCAUAUUAUGUUCUUAUUAAUGUGUACGGUGUGCUGUACCACUGUACCACCAAGCUGGAAGCACUUACGUAGAAAUAUAUAAUACUUUGCCAAAUACAGGAGCUUCAAAAUGAGCUUUGGAGUGAGUCUAUGCUAAGCUAACAAAUCACCAUGUGGCUCCAGCAUUUCUGUUGUUAUAUGAAAAUUCUCAUCACACUUUCAGCAGGAAAAUUAACUCUUAGCAAGAAAGUAAAAGUAUCAUAAUUAUUUUAAAAAACUUGCCGCCUAACAUUUGCUAAGCUAAUUCAUUUCCAUGUGAUUCCAGUAUUUGUUUAUAUGAGAGCAGUAUCAAGAUCAAAGACUGUCGCUAAAUUAUUUUACAUGUUAAAAUUUGAUUAACAAAAAUGCAACAACUGCAGCGAUUUUAUACUGUUUAAUAUGUCCAUGCUGCUUAAUAAUGGUAUGUAGUGAUGCUGAAACCAAAAACAGCAGGAUUCUUAACCCUAAACCAAAAUAAGAUCACAGUGGUGCACAUUACACAGGAAAAACAAAACAAGACUGAACUUCAUAUUCACAUCCAAAAAUAACAAAUUUAAGGAAAACAAUGAAACAAAAGGUUAAAAUAAAAGAUCAUCUCAGCUGGAGACAAUAACACACAAUGAA